UUGUGGAAUUAAUUUAUGUGAAAAAUGUGAAUUCAUGGGUUUACAUGAUACAGAUCAUCGUCGUACAAAAAUAGUUAAAUCAGAAUGA